AUGUCACUGCCGCAAACCGUUCAAGCGAUCGCGAUAUCCAAGACAGGAGAUUUCGAUGUUAUCGAGAAGACGGGGGUACCGUUCCCGAAGAGGGACUCGGGAGACAUUGUGGUGAAGAUGCACUACGGGGGUGUCAACUUCAUAGAUACCUACUACAGGAAAGGACUUUACAAAAUCACUAACUUCCCGUUUGUGCUCGGAACCGAAGGCUCUGGUACAAUCGUCAGCCUGCCUACCGAUCCUGACGUUGUCAACAACGAAGAAUACAAGAAGCGUGGCUUCGCGGUCGGCAAGAAUGUUGCGAUUUACACUCUGGGUGCUUUCUCAGAAUAUACUAGUGUGCCAUGGCGACCUGUCAUCGUGCUUCCUGAUAAUGUCCCCCUCAUCACGGGAGCCGCAGCGAUGACGCAAGGGCUCACCGCUUUGACGUUCGUCACUGAAGCAUAUGAAGUGAAGAAGGGCGACAUCGUCCUUGUUCAUACAGUUGCUGGUGGGCUGGGCCUUCUCUUUGCGCAGCUCAUCAAGGCUCGCGGGGCUACAGUUAUUGGUACCACCAGCACUCCAGAGAAGGCGGAGCUCGCUCGCGCUCACGGUGCAGACCAUGUGAUCCUAUAUCCUGUCGAGGAUACAGUACAACGCGUACUGGAGAUCACCAAUGGCGAGGGUGUCCACGCCAUCUUUGACGGUGUCGGGAAAGAUACGUUUGAAGCUGACUUCAAGAUGCUCCGCCGGAAAGGCACCCUCGUAUCGGUGGGCAACGCAUCGGGCGCUGUGCCACCGUUCCCUCCUGCAAAACUCGGAGAGAAAAAUAUCAGACUUCUGCGUCCUACGAUGGGUAAUUAUGUUGCUACUCCAGAAGAAGCGGGACGAUACGGCGCUGAGCUUUUCAGACUCGUCGCUGAGGGCACGUUGAAGAUCAAUAUCUUUAAGGAGUAUGCGUUUACGGGGGAAAAUGUACAGCAAGCUCAGAAGGAUUUGACCGGUGGGAAGACGACAGGAAAGCUGGUCAUCAGGAUAUUCGAGUAG